CUUAAUUUCAAUGCUACAUACAGAAAUGCAAUGUUCAUGUGUGAAAGUAUUCUAUAUUUUUUUCACACAUGAACAUUCUUGAAGUAUUCACCCCCUUUAGUCAGUAUUUGGUAGAGUAACCUUUGGCAGCCAUGAGUUUAUUUGGAUAAGUUUAGUCAGUUUUACACAUCUGGAACCAAGCAAUUUUUGCCCAUACCUCUUACCAUCAUGUUGGACCUUUAGUAAACAGCAAUGUUUAACUCUUUCCACAUAUUCUCAAUUGGAUUGAGGUCCAGGCUUUGACUGGACAUCUUUCACUCCAGGACAUUUUUGUUCAUCAGCCAUUGUUCUGCGGGAAGAUGAAUCUUCACCCGAGUCCAAGGUUUCUUGCAGACUUUAGCAGGUAUUCAUCCAGGAUUUAUCUGUAUUUUGCAGCAUCCAUUUUGCCCUCUGUCUUCACAAGUUUUCCAGGCCCUGACUCAGAGAAGCAUCCCCAUAGCAUGAUAAUGCCACCACCAUCCUUCAUACAGAGGGUGUUCUCAGGAUGGUGUGCCCUGUUAAGCUUCUAUCAAACAUAGGCUUAUUGAAACCAUAGAACUUUCUUCCACUUGGUCUCAGUGUCUCCCACAUGUUUUGCUGUGAGUGAUUUUUCAACAAAGACUUUCUUUUUACCACUCUCCCAUAAAGGCCACUUUUGUGACACACCGGGGCUAUUGGUACACUAUUUGCAGUGCCAGCUCAACUCAGCAGUAAAAGACUGUAACUCCUUUAGAGUUGCCAUAGUCCUCUUGGUUGCCUCCCUGAUUAGUUCCCUUCUUGUUCUAGACAUCCUCUUCUAGAUCAAUAUACAGCCAUAUUCUCUCCAUUUCUUAAUAAUGGACAUUACUGUACUCCAGGGAUAUUCAAUGCCUUAGAAAUUGGCCUAUAUUCUGCCCAUUUUUCUUGUGUAUGUCACACAUUUCUAAUAAGCAACUGUCUUGCUAUAUAAAUUAAGUUUGACUUGAUUGCAGCCAGACAACCUUUGACUUAUCAGUCCAGAGCACAUUUGUCAUGCUCUUGUGAUCUUGGCAUGGGCGUGUUAACAUACGCCAUUUACAUUGUAGUCUGUUAGCAGACACUCUUAUAAAGAGCGACGUAUGGGUCAGACAAGGUUGGGCGCAAAUGCUAGCGAAGGCGCGACAUCAAAAACAUCUCUACCAUUUUUUAGCUAGUAACUAUUCUAGCCCUCAUUCAAUAAAUAGUAUGGUAAGGUAUAAAGGAACAACAAAUCAAUAACUUCACAUUUGAUUGAUGAUAUAGGCCUACACUUAUUAACUUGCAUUCAGUGUAGUGUUGUACAGUUGUGGGAACUCGGCUACAAACAAAAUCAGUUUCUCCCAAAAUAAUUUACAGAUUGACGAAUGACUGUAACGCGCUUUUAGCCGUCUGGUUGCGCCUAUGAAGUGCUUUUCUAGUAAAUCGGGAGGUCCAAUUAAGCACUUCGCCUACUUAAGAGGUCAGCAAAUUAAAAAUUACUUGAAUUUUGAGCACAGCGACUUGACGGUAGUUUUUAAAAUAGUUUCGAGUAGUUCAGUAAAAAUAACAUAUUUUGAAUCAUUUCAUUCAUUUGGAAGCUCACACUUCUGGUUUGUUGAUGAUUGGGAUUAGCACUGAUGCGCGCUCGCAGGUUCUCCACCUCUCCAGGAACAAGCGCUACACCCUCACCCCGGAGAAACUCAAAUGGGACAAGUUCAAGCUCACAUACAAGUUGCUUUCUUUCCCAACUAACCUGAUAAAUGCCAGUGACACGCGCCGGGGCAUUGCCAAAGCAUUCACUAUGUGGAGUGACGUCUCGCCCUUCAGCUUUAGGGAGGUGCCGGCUGAUCAGGACGCAGACAUCAAGAUAGGCUUCUACCCCGUCAACCACACGGACUGUCUGCAGUCCUACUUGCACCACUGUUUUGACGGAAUUACUGGCGAACUGGCGCACGCCUUCUUCCCCCCAACAGGCGAGAUCCACUUUGACGACCACGAGUAUUGGAUUCUAGGAAACAUGCGCUUCAGCUGGAAAAAAGGGGUGUGGCUAACAGACUUAGUCCACGUAGCGGCUCACGAGAUUGGCCAUGCCCUGGGCCUCAUGCACUCCUUGAAUCCUAAAGCCAUCAUGCAUCUAAACGCAACUUUGACAGGGCGCAAGGCCAUCACGCAGGACGAAGUGUGGGGCUUGCACCAUCUAUAUGGAUGUUUGGAUAGGUUUUUUAUCUGUCCAGCCUGGGCACGGAAAGGCUAUUGCGACAGCAAGCGUAAGCUCAUGCAGAAGCACUGCCCCUCCAGCUGUGAUUUCUGUUACGAGUUCCCUUUCCCCACCGUGGCCCCCACCCCCACCCCCCAACGGACCAAACACAAGUUGGUGGCUGAGGGUAAGAAGCUGACCUUCAGAUGUGGAAAGAAAAUUGCUGCUAAGAAAGGAAAAGUAUACUGGUACAAAGAUGGAGAACUUCUGGAAUACUCCCACCCUGGCUACAUCUCCCUAAAGGACGACCACAUCAGUAUUGUGGCCAAUGCAAUCAACGAGGGUACAUACACUUGCAUUGUGAGGAAAAAGAACAAGGUCCUCACCAAUUACUCUUGGAUGGUACGCGUUCGCUUCUAAUGCAAAGCACCAACUGCUCACAGAAGCGCUGAGUAUUAGCACAGAGACCACAUAGACAAAUGGACAGACUCACACACAAGGACAUAGAACAUAACAUGUCUGCUAUGGACUUGAAUGGGUAUGUCUGUUCUAAGAAUUAUAUUUCCAUGGACAACUUCACUUACGCACACAGCUUGAUCAAAUGAAGGCCUCACUCACAUUGGUACAGAUUUAUGUUUUAAUGUAUGUAUUUCUAAACAUUCCACUAAUUUCACAUCUACUUUUUGUUUUGUAAUGCACUUUGGGGUGUGUACAAUAAAGAGUUUUGGUCUGUGAUAAGCGGUAUAUUGAUGGAAAAAUGUAUGGAAAUAAGUUCAGCUGUGUAACCUUCUUUGCUUUAGAGUUUUGACCUACAUUCAGCAGAUUUGUCGCCCUUUUGGCACAGUGUAGCAUGACUGUUUUAAAAUGGGCUUCAUAUAAACUCUUCCCCUUGCAAUAUCCAUCCACACAGGUCCAGAAAUAUUUGGACACUGACACAAAAAAAAUUCAUAAUUUUGGUUCUGUACGCCACCACAAUGGAUUUGAAAUGAAAAAACUGAGAUGUAAUUGAAGUAUGGACUUAGCUUUAAUUCAAGGGAUUGAACAAAAAUGUUGUAUGAAACACUUAGGAAUUGCAACCAUUUUCAUACAAAGUCCC